GUUCUCCAUUUGCUGCUUCUGGUUCUCUCUCUGGUCUGUACUGCCUGCAUUGCCUGCUCCGGCAACCAGUCAUCUAGACUCCCAUCCGGGCCAAUAAAAGUUUUACAGCUCUAAUGGUGGCCCAAGAUGCGACCGUGAAGAAGAGGAAGCCACCGACCUUCCGCCAUUUACCGUUGGAUCGAGCUAAGAAGCUUAAGAAAAAUUGGGUGGAAACACAAAAGAUUAAGAGUCAAUGGAAGGCCCAAAAACGGAAGGAAGGACUAGUCACACAGAGACCUGUCCCACCGCAUAUGUCAACAACUGUCGAAUCGCACAAUAGCGAAGAUGACAAGGAUGAGGACAACAAGGACAACGAGUCCAUUGUCGAAGACAAGGAGACGGUUGGCAGUGACGACGAAGCAAGCGACAGUGAGGAAAGCGAGGAAAACCAAUCUGAAUACGAUAAACCUCCAUCCAAGCCUGUGCAAUCUUCUCGUGGUCGUGGAAGAGGAUCGCGUCAGUUCGUAGGAACAAGACGAAAUCGUGACGACGAAGAACAAAAAGAACAGCCUUCUCUUCGUGAACUGAACAAGCAAGCUUAUUCCCGGUCGUCACUCCAUACCCAUAAAUCACAUUCUUUACGGGGCACAGGUCAUUAUGGAAGAGGAAGAGGCGGAGAUAGAGGGCAAGGAACUCAUGCACGAGGACGUGGCCGUGGACAGCCCGAUAUGCGUUUACGAAUGAACGCUAUGUUAGAGAAGAUUAAGAGGGACUUCGCGUAAUGUGCAAUAUGAAGAGUUUCUCUGGGGCAAUGGGGUUACCCGUCUGGUACGAGAGCAAAGCACUAUAAAUCUAGCAAAACAAAUACUUAAUAAGUUACCCUCACGCAGCCUUGUUCUCCUUAUCCUCCGACUCUUCAUCCACCUGCAUCCUAUCCCCAUCUUCCGCCUCAGCUGAUGGUUGCAACGUCUGCACAGUAUCCAAAUUUGUCUCCGUCGUUGAACUGACAAAUCGGUCACCCAGACUCGGGAUGAUUGGUUUGGAGCCUACAGAUGUGGUGGAGGAAAUUGGUUGUAGGUGAUCACUGAGGUGUCCAGGGCUUGGAUCGUCCAGUUCAUCCACAAGCCCAAGAGGCUUUUCGUCUACAUCUGACCCGUUUCCUGUCGCCACCGCCGCCACCGCCGCCAGAGCCAACGGCGAUGGUGGAGGACUGCGUGAUUGUGACCGUCGUGCGUCCCCAUGGAGGAAUGGAAUGGGCGAGAAUAUUGGGGUCGAUGGUGCUGAUAGUGUCGCACUGCUGAUCACGCCUGCGCUAAAAGAUGGUUGACUUGUGUCGGUUCCCGACGGUAUCGGGAAUGCGUCCCAGGUUGAGGUUACCAGAAGAGUCUUUUCUACGGCACGUAGGUAUUUACCGACGUAUUUGUAGUGCUUUUGUGGAUGUAUGCAUAGUUCACAGACGCGUUGAAUAGUGAAUGGUGGCCUGGAGUGUAUACAACUCUAAGUCCCCCAACUCUUUAGGUGAAAUCAAUGGCAGGAUACGCACCCUUCAAAGUCGUCUAGCAUUCUGUAGAUGAUGUCUCUAAAAUCGCUCGCCUCCGCUUCGGUCAGAGCGUGUUUCGGGGCCUCGUUGGGGUUGCCCUCCAGGCGUAUUCGAGGAGGGAAUGGUGGAAUUUUCAAGCCACCGUUAGGAGUGCUCCUUGGUGGAUUACGAGACAUGAGCAAGAUUGCGGCAUUGUCCUCCGGCACUAGGUUCGCUAGAUACUGUUCAACAUU